CGCCAACGGAGACACUUUCCGAAGCACCUCGUUCAACUUCCUUGUAGGACGAACCACAGUUGGCAGGAUCGUACAUGAUACGUGCGAAGCAAUAUGGAAUUGCCUUCAAGGGGAGUACCUUGCUUUUCCCUCAACAACUGAAGAGUGGAGACAGAUUGCAUCGGAUAUGGAGAGAAGGUGGAAUUUUCCUAACUGCAUCGGCUGCAUAGAUGGCAAACACGUGAUGAUUGAGAGCCCUGCCAACUCGGGCUCUACAAAUUAUAACUACAAGGGGACAUUUAGCGUCGUGCUCCUUGCUCUUUGUGAUGCGCAGUACCGGUAAAAACGGACCCAAUUUUCUCUUCCCUGGGUUAAAUGUCUCUACUCUGCUGUUCGUUGCAGCUUUACAUAUGUGGACAUGGGGCACCUCGGAGGUGAAAGCGAUGCAGGCAUCUUUUCUCGGUCACGGCUGUUGCAAGUGCUCCAGAACAAUGAAUUUGGAAUCCCUGGACCAAGGAAUGUUGGGUCAGCUGGGCCAAUUCCUCACUGUAUAGUUGGGGACGAGGCCUUUCCCCUCUCAACGUUUUUAAUGAGGCCAUACUCAGGAAGAGCUGCGUGUGGUUAUCAACAAAAGGCAUUCAACUAUCGUCUGUCUCGAGCGAGACGGCUCAUAGAGAAUUCUUUCGGCAUCUUAGCCAAUCGUUGGAGAAUACUGAGACGACCAUUUAAGGCAAAGCCGGAAAAUGUGGAGAGUAUCAUAAAACCCUGCGUCGUCCUCCACAACUUCGCGUUAAAGACUUCGCCUGCGUCCUCCAUGCUGUACAACCCACCAGGAUACACUGACUACGAAGACUCGGUGGGAAAUGUACGUGAAGGCGCAUGGCGAAGGGUUAGCAGGCAGCUGGGAUCGCUGCACGAGCUCGGAGGAGUAGGCUUCACUCAAAAAGGACAGCUGCAGAAGUGCGUGACAAACUUGCACUGUACUUUUCAACAGAAGGGAAAGUGCCGUCGCAAGAUAACCACAUAUAAAUCCAGGUAA